AUGUCUUAUGCUAUUGAAACAAAGAAGCGCAAGUUUGACCGCACCCUCGAAGCCCUGACGAGUGCAGCCGCCAAUUCUCCGUCUCGAACAUCCCUUAAUUUACGCAACAAUCCUUCUACAACCUCUUUGACCGCGGAUGAUGCCUCAGACGGUUCUAAGAGACGUCGCAUAGCCCCUACAUCGAGACCAACUGUCACUACUAGUGCGUCAACCACCUCUCUGGUCGGUCAUUAUCUACCCACGAGUCGAUCGGCCUUUCUCGAACGCCUCGAGACAUUUCGACAUGUCACUCAAUGGCAUGUGCCUUCCACAGAUCCUAUAAAUGCUGCAGCGUGGGCCAAACGGGGUUGGGUGUGCGUCGAUACCGACACCGUGUUCUGUGGCUCGUGUAGAGAGCGGGUACAUAUUGAUCUGUCCAUAGACAGUGAAUUACUCAAAACUAGUGGAAACGAAGUCGGAAACGAUGAAGACGACUUUGAGAUGGCUGCGGAAGUAUAUCAUGGUGUUGUCAGAAGAUAUCAGGAGAACAUCAUCCUUGCUCACAGUGAGAGUUGUCUGUGGCGCAAACGGGGUUCUGAUUCUUCCAUACAGCGCAUUGAGGGCCUGUUGAAUACAAACACUGCCCUUUCAGCACUGAGGACACGCUACGAGAGCCUUGUGACACGUGCAGAUGAGAUACCAAAUGUCGCGCCACUUCCCUCAAACGACUUCUCCGCCAAUGGACGAGAAUUACGGCUGUUUCAGACCGAACCGAGUGACGAAAUCAACAUUAACGCUCUAACACUGGCAGUCUGUGGCUGGCAUCGAAAAUCCGACGACGUCAUUGAAUGUCGGCAUUGUUUCCGGUCACUUGGACUGUGGUUAUACCGUGGUUCGACACCAACAAUUGAGCAACUGGACGGUGUGGAUAAUCAUCUUGAGUAUUGUCCAUGGAAAUCAGUUGAGGCACAAGAUACAGAAAUCGCAAUUCCCAAACACAAGAAUGAGCAAGAGUCAGAUCAGAUCAAGAGACGUGUGUCGGGAUGGAUGCUCGUGUACCUCGCCAUUGUGCGGGAGAAUACUCGGAAGCGAGCACACGAAGCGACGAUCCCCUCAGUCUUGAGCGAGACCGAUGCGAGCACGGCAAGCGGUGGUUCUGAUGCGACUCCGGAGCAACGAGAGAAGAAAAUGAGGGAUUUAUUGAAGAGGAUCAAAGAGAUUAAGAAACCUUUCAACGUCAAGGCGCUACUAAGACGGAAAGAGAAAGGGCAAGCCUGA